CGAGGAGUAGCGCGUGGCCACUGAGGCCACGCCCACUCGGCGAUGCCACGCCCACUUCCGGUCCCUGGCCCGCAGCAUGGCGGCUCUAGGUGCUCUGCUCUUUAGUGUCCGGAGGCUGCACGGCAGCGCGGCGGCUCGGGCGGGUGGCCAGUGGAGACUCCAGCAGGGCAUGGCUGCCAACCCCUCGGGCUACGGGCCCCUGACGGAGCUCCCAGACUGGUCGUACGCGGAUGGCCGCCCUGCUCCUCCAAUGAAAGGCCAGCUUCGAAGACAAGCCCAAAGAGAAAAAUUUGCAAGACGAGUUGUACUGCUGUCACAGGAAAUGGAUGCUGGAUUACAGGCAUGGCAGCUCAGGCAGCAGGAGAAGUUGCAGGAAGAAGAACAGAAGAAGAAAAAUGCUCUUAAACCUAAAGGGGCUGCUCUGAAGAGCCCACUACCACGUUAAUAAAAAGCAACUCAUCUCAUUUUCCCAGCAUUUGUUGUUGUUGUUCCCCAUCCAUCUUCAGAGCAAAAGAGCUUGGGCCCCAGGAAGAACAGGCUAUAAGGGCACUGCCUGGAAGGACUGGCUACAGGCCCUCACCCCUGGCUCCCUUCCAGUUCAGGGGUAUCUUGCUCUGGGAUAGUUACCCCCUCCUUUGCAGGUCUUAGGACUGGCCCAACUUUGAGCAGUUACUGCUCUGCAAAUAUGAAAAGGGGGCCGCGGUUUACUUGGUCUUAGCCACCAUUCAAGCUUUGAAAAAUCUAUACACAGCUCAGUCUGCAUAGAGUUACACAUUUAAUAAAUGUUUCGAUGAAAAAGAC